AUGGAGGGAGUGAGCCACAGCAGUCCCCUUGGCCCCCUAUGGGGGGAGAGUGAGAGGGACCAGCCCCUCGGACCCUUGACGUCCCACCUCCCCCCUCCCCACGUUUCCGCUACCGCCCCACAGCAGCUCCAGCCGACUGCUGGCCCCAGCCACUGGAACCCACCCCGGGCGCUGAUCCUGGCCUCACCCCCCCUGCCUCUCCGCUGGCUGAGGCAGCCCCCCUCCUCUGGCCUCCGGGUGAUCAGCAUGCCCACCGGGGUCACCCUCUGCCGGGGGGUGGUCCUCCACCGCCCUGCCAGCCCCCACAUCACCCCUCCUCACCCCCCUCCCCUGCCCCCGCCACCCCGAGCCCCGGACUCCGGCCGCCCGUGGCGGGGGCAGGUGCCCCCCCUGCUCCUCAGGCCCCUGGUGGUGGGGCCCCCGCAGGGAUCGGGAGGGGGAGUGCCGAGCCGGCCGGGUAACCCCCCUCCAGCCCGGCCGCCCCCCACCGCUGGCUACUCCCGAGGCGUCUACCACAACUUCCGGAAGUGGCAGCAGUACAAGGGACUGGCCCGAGCCCACCUCGCCCAGUCCCCUGACACAGAGGCCCUCGCCUGCUUCUUCAUACCAGUCCUCCGCUCCCUCUCCCAGUGCCGACCACAGCUGGGCACCGAGGAGGGAGUGCCCUUGGCCGUGCAGGAAUGGUGCCGCCUCAGCAAUUUUGAUCGGAUGAUCUACUACGAGAUGGCGGAGAAGUUCAUGGAGUUCGAGAUGGAGGAGAACGCUCAGUGGUCUGCAGACCCAGUCCCACUGCCGGCCGGGAUCUCGCCUGGGGUCCAGCUGGUGUCCAGGACCAAGGCCAAACCUGAGAAACAGGUCAUGGAAGACCCUGGUGGACGGAAGGCCGGAGGUAAAGGAGGAUCCCAGCGGUCCCACAAACAGCCGAAGACCCCAGCCCGUGGCACGGGUGGGCACCACCAGUCCAUCCCCCUCGAGGCGGUGGAGCAGUACAUUGAGAUCAUGGAGGCCCUGGGCCUGCCGCCGCCCGAUACCGAGGCUCACCUUCGAGAACCUCCUGAGGAGCAUUGUGAGGAGGAGGUCGAGAUCCUCAGGUACAUCGAGAAACUCUGCAGCAAGGACUCCUUCAUCAGCAAGACUGAAACCAUCAUCCACCCACGCUUCCUGUCCGACCUCCUCUCCCCCCACGCGUCCCUGGACUUCCCGCAGCUGCUCCGAGACCUAGCGUCGGAGGCCGAGGAUUCAAAGACCCCGACAGCGGAGGCUGUAUCUGGCCAACCAACUGUGCCCCCCAUCCUCCGCUGCCCCUCCCCACCCCUGGCCCGCCAACCCGAGGCCACUCAGCCCCUCCCGGAACUCCUGCUAUCCCCUCUGGGGCAGGACUGCUCCUACUCCAGCCACCUCCAGCGCCUGGCCUUGCAGUCAGCCCACGGCCAGUGCACAUCCUCCUCAGUCAAUGCCCAGGCUCUGGUCCAGCCUCCCCCACCGACUGUCCUGCCCCCCGAAUCCUUCCAGAGGGUCUGUCAGACCCCUCCCCUCAGCCCUGGGGUAUCUCAACCUGGAUCACAUGGCCCCAUUGUCAGCAGAGACUGUAGGACUGGGCCAUCAGGCCUGACUGAUGCUGGGAUGCCAGCCUCAGGGCAGCAGGACAGACAGGCUAAAGGCUCCAUCCAAAGCUGGGCCCCAACUGGAGAUAAGGCCCAAACUAGAUGCCCAAUUGAAUCCCAGGGCAAAAACAGAGCCUCAACUGCAGAAGCUCAAAUCAGGGCCCAGGCAAAUGAUCAAGCCAAAAGCAGGGUUUUAUCGAAAUCCCAGAAACAAAUCAAGGCCCUAGCAGUGGCUCACGCCGACAGCAAGGCUCCAACUGAACCCCAGGCCCAAAUCAUGGAAUCAAGUGAGGCCCAAACCCAAAUGAGGGGUUCAACUGAGACUGAAACUCAAAACAGGGGACCAAAUGAAGCCCAGGGCAAAAUUGGUGGCUUAAUGGGGGAUGAAGCCCAAAUCAAGGCCCCAGCUCUAGCCCAGAGCCAAAUUAGGGCCAAGGUAGAGGCACAAACCCAAAUCAUGGGCUCAGCUGAAGCCCAGACUCAAAUCAAGUCCCUAACAGUGGCUCAGGCCCACAGCGAGGCCCAGGCCGAAGGUAAGGCCCCUACUCCAUGCCAGGGUGCCGGGAAUGUUUCUCAUGGCCAUUUCCUUCCUCAGGAUCCCAUGUCCAUCAGGGAUGGCUGUGGAGAGGGUGAGGUGGCCGUCAAGCUGGAGGACAGAGCGUGCUGGAGGAUCCCACAGGAUGAGGCCCGGAGCCUGGGCCUGCUCUCCAGUGGGCAAGUGCUAAGCUGUGCGAGGGCAUCAGAGAAGGCUGGGAUAGGCAGGAACUCCCCUGUCCCCAGGACCUGGAUCCAUGUGGAGAAGAAGAAGCACGAUGCGGUGGCGGUGCGGAGAAGCAAGAGGAUGAAGAGGGACUGAGGGUUGCCUAGAGAGUCAAUGCAUAUCCAUUAGUAAAUAAAGUAUAGAGUUUACAAUAGUGUCCCUGGUGUUUGUGUCAGUACUGUCCAGUCACACGAUCAGACACAGAGUGAAUCUCCCUCCACACCGUCCCAUCACACACUCCCGGGGUCAGACACAGAGUGAAGCUCCCUCCACACCGUCCCAUCACGCACUCCCGGGGUCAGACACAGAGUGAAUCUCCCUCCACACCGUCCCAUCACACACUCCCGGGGUCAGACACAUAGUGAAUCUCCCUCCACACCGUCCCAUCACACACUCCCAGGGUCAGACACAGAGUGAAUCUCCCUCCACACCGUCCCAUCACACACUCCCGGGGUCAGACACAGAGUGAAACU